CUUUCAAAAACGUCACUUUCUUCUGUUCCUUCAAAUAUUACAGUUUAGAAGAAAGAAAGAGUAUUUAAUUCAUGUUCUUCUCUCUCACCGACUUCACCAUUUCAGCAUUAAAUGCUAUAUCACUGUCCCCAAUAACAUAAACAUGCCUACACCUACACCUUCACUUUAAAACUAUUGCAACACUACUAAGCUACACUAUACAAUGAACCAUCCCUUUCCCAAAAUCGUACGAAUUCGUCUCUCUGACGCCGACGCCACCGAUUCUUCUUCCGAUGAAGAUAAACCACUUUCCGACUUCAAAACUCGCCGCCGUGUCAAAACUAUCGUUAACGAGAUUACUUUCGACAAACCAACUCUUUGCAAGAAAACAAACAGAGCUCCGGCGAGUCGAUUUUUCUCCGGGAAAAAGUUCCGGGGAGUGAGACAGAGACCUUGGGGGAAAUGGUCGGCGGAGAUAAGAGACCCAUUACGGCGGGUGCGACGGUGGUUGGGAACAUACAACACCGCAGAAGAAGCUGCUAUUCAGUACGAUAAAGCCGCCAUUGAAAUACGUGGCGAACACGCGCUUACAAAUUUUAUUCAACCGGCGAUUAAAGAUAUAAACUCCGGUGAAGAAUAUCGUAGCAACAACGUUCUUUCUCCAAGUUCAGUUCUUCAGUGUUGUUGUUCUUCUUCAGAGAUUGAAUCCGUAACUGGAAAAGACAAUGUUACCCUUCCAAUAAGAGAAUGUGAAAAUGAAUGUUCAUCUUUGUUUGAUAAAGUUUUGGAAGAAAGUACGUUCAAAUGUGAGACCGUUUUUCCUAUUCAUAGUGAUACGUUAUUUGAGUUUGAAAAUGUGACAGAGGAAGAAAGCAUGUUCUUAUUCCCUGAUGAUUUUGUUGGAAGCUUUGUUGAUUCAAAGUGUCAGAGUUUCGAUUUCGAUUUCAAAGAUUGGAACAGAGAUUAUGAUAAUUUCCAAGAUUUCGGGGAUUUGUUUCUUACUGCAAUUUGAUCGAUGGAGUAAGUUUUGUAACGGCAGGAUUAAUUAAUUUAAGAUUAAAUGUUGUAAUCAGUUUUAUUUUUGUUUUUGUUUUUGUUAUCAUUAGGGUAGAAUUUAUUAUGUUGCAUUUCAUUAAUGUUGUAUGAAUGAGGAAGUAACAUAGUACUGUUCUUUAGUUAGAAAAAUUGUUGCAUCCA